AUCUGAUCUCUUCUGUGUAGCGCCGUCAAACAAACACGAAGAAGAGGGCUAAUCAUACCAACUCCGCAAUAUGACAGGAUUUUCAGACUCUCACGUCGUAUUUCAUGUUCUGUGUAUAAUUAUUAUGCUCUUAAAUGACGGAACUAUCUGUAAUGUUGUGUUUCAGCCAGCGUUUCUUCUGGCAUCUGGUCCAAGAAUAUCAUCAUUUCUGGUUGGAAACGUGUCUGGCAUUUCCUUCAGCCUCAGUGCUGUUUCAUCCUCAAAUGCAACAGGUAGCAUCCCAUCUUCAUCCUGUAUGCCGGUUUAUCAAACGCAGUGGAAUCUUUCAUAUGAAUUAAUUGGGAAGAAUGCCUUCCUGGUACGACUGAGUCUCAACCGCAGUCUUCAGCUGUGUGGGAAUGAAACAUCUUUCCCAGACUGCUGCCUGGAUCCACUCUGCCUCCAGGAGACUCUACUUGUGUCUGCAUGUGCUGAUGAAACCCUCAAAGCCUCACUCAUUAUACAGACCCAGAUUUAUGCCCAGAUCUUCCCCAACAACCCCCCUUCGGAAAAUAAAACAGCCAUUCCCAACCAAGUGUUUCAGCCUCUCGGCAGCUGCCCAUGUGAUGUUUCCCUUGGAGAGUGUGACAUACGCUGCUGUUGUGACCAGGACUGCACUCAAGAAGUACUGUGGUUAUUUGCGACUCAGUGUCUUCCUGGACCUUUCGGGGGAAGUUUCAGUCCUGUUCCAGAGUAUCAGUGCUCCACUCAGUCCUCUGAAAAUGACCCUGAUUGGUUCCCCUUUCUCUGUGUCACCUCUCCAUUGGACAACAACCCCUUUCUGGGACUUUUCUACAAUGGUCAGACAGUCUCCCCAAAGCCCAGUCCAUCAUUCCAAGCCCCGCUUAUGACAGCUGCUGUACCUCCCAUUAACUACCGCCAGGGGGAUCCAAUAUUCACUAAGGAUGACAAAUACUUCACCAUCCCACAGAACUCUGGACUGGGCCAGUGUGCAGACAACGCUCCAGUAGCAUUUUUGGAAAACUUUGAGUCUCAGUGUGUGAGGAGGCUGCAGUCCUGUCCAUCACCAUCUGAUGACCUGAGGGUGGAUGUUAAAGAUGGAUGGGGAGGUUUGGUCACAGUCAGCGUUGUGGAUGAAGUAGCCGAUGACCUUAGAUUAUUUCUGUCAGAUUCUCUUGAGCCUAUAUCUGAGCCACAACAGUGUGAUAAUGUCAUUGUGGCCUUGCGUUACACUCUUUAUUGGAGAGAGAAUGGCCUCACUGCCAUUACUGUGAAACGGACCACUGCAAACAUCACUCUACCUGUAUCUUUGACCAGAAGAUAUUCUGCAGUGUUUGUCAACGGAAAUGAAACAUCUCAACCAAACUCUGGCAAUCCAGGUUACCUGGUGAAGAGGCCAGUGAUUGGUGGCAUUUUGGACUCUGCUGCAGAAAUUAUACAGAGGGCCCAGAUCAAUCUCUGGCAGCCAGGUGGAGAUGGACUGUGCUCUUCUGCUGAACUGAGACCAGCUCUGUUCGGGAUCAACUCCACAUCAGGCUGUAUGAUUCCUGUGAGUUUGCUGAAUAUGACACAGUGCAGCCAGGUGAGAGAAACGGUGCGUGCUGUCCUAGCUGGAUUAGUGACUGCUACACUUGUCUCCACGAUGGGAAAACCAAACUUUUCCAACCUAGUGGAUUGGGUCAACAUUACUACAUCACCGCAGAACUCCAGUCAGCCAGCAGAGGACAGCAUUGGAGAGUGUUCUGCUGUUCCGACCCACCUCCACAUCCACGUGAGGAGCGUCAUCAUGGGCAGGGUGCAGGGUGUGCCUCAGAUGGUUAUACAAGCAGUGGAGAUUAGUUUCAUAGAAACAACAUGGUGGAUCGAGUGUGAAAUGGGCAGUAUGAACCCCUGUGUAAACCCAGAGCUAAUGCAAAAUUUUCCUGUGACCUCUUCUGUGACCUUUACUGACAGUCCUCUUAGUACACAACCCCCUAGAUCCAGGUUCAGCAUUAACUUCACAGAGUUUGACUGUGACAGGAACGAUGUGUGCUGGCCUGAGCUGGCGUUCCCUCUCACAAGAUAUUACACUGGUGAGCCAUAUUCCCAGGCUCUGGCUAAAGGUCUUAUUCUAGUGUUCUUCUUCAUCGCUGCGUCUGUUUUAGGAACGCCAUGGAGACAAAUCAGACAGGCAUGGGACAGUGCUUGAUGAUGAGAGAGAGCAAGAGAUAGAAAAGGACAAUUAUGUAUCAAAUAAAAUUUGAUAUUCAAUUGUAAAUAGCUGUAAAGAUAGAAUAAUUUUUCUUUUCUGGUUUAUGAAUUUUUAUAUGUUAUGAACUAUUUAUUAUGUUUUGUGAAAAGAACUUUUGUACUUUUUUAUUGAUUAUUCGAUGUGAAAUAAAAAUACACAUAUUUU